AUGGGCUACAAGGCCGAGUUGGUGCGCACUCGUUCCACUUGGCAUGUCGCCUUCAUGUCCUUUGUGCUCGCCUCGAUCCCCUACGGUCUCGCUACGACGCUCUACUAUCCGCUCCAAGGCGGCGGCCCGGCCGUUGUCAUUUGGGGCUGGGUCAUCGUCUCCCUGAUCAUUCUCUGUGUCGCCGCUUCGCUGGGAGAAAUCACAAGCGUGUAUCCCACCGCCGGAGGUGUCUACUACCAGACCUUUAUGCUUGCGCCCGCAAAGAUUCGCAGGCUCAGCGCCUACAUUUGCGGCUGGUGCUAUGUCGUCGGCAACAUCACCAUCACUCUUGCUGUGCAGUUCGGAACCACCUUGUUUUAUGUUGCCUGCGUCAAUGUCUUUACCAACUCCGAGGGCGAGGAGAUCUGGGGCGCCGAGACAUACCAGAUCUGGCUGACCUUUUUGGCCAUCACUUUGCUGUGCAAUGCCAUCUCGGCCUUUGGCAACCGUCACUUGCCCCUCCUCGAUACCUUUGCCGUGUUCUGGACCUUCGCCGGCAUCCUUGCCAUCCUCAUUACCGUCCUCGCCGUUGCCAAGGAAGGCCGCCGCUCCGCCGAAUACGCCUUCACCCACUUUGAGCCCACCUCCGGCUGGCCUGCCGGCUGGUCGUUCAUGGUCGGCCUCCUUCACGCCGGGUAUGCCACCUCGUCUACCGGUAUGGUCAUCUCCAUGUGCGAGGAGGUCCAGCAUCCCGCCACCCAGGUCCCCAAGGCCAUGGUUAUUACCAUCCUCAUCAACACCAUUGGCGGGCUCCUGUUCCUCGUACCGCUCAUGUUUGUUCUUCCCGACCUGGCGUUGAUGGUGCAGUUGGCACAGCCUGUCCCGGCCAUCCUCAAGUCUGCCGUUGGCUCCGAAGGGGGUGCCUUUGCCCUCCUGGUUCCCAUCAUGGUUUUGGGUAUCCUUUGCGGUACCGCCUGCACAACCGCUGCUUCGCGCUGCACGUGGGCCUUUGCUCGCGACGGUGCCAUCCCCGGUUCCAAGUGGUGGAAGGUGGUCAACACCAAGCUGGAUGUUCCCCUCAACGCCAUGAUGUUGUCCAUGGCAAUUCAGAUCAUUCUGGGUGCCAUCUACUUUGGAUCUCCCGUAGCGUUCAACGCCUUUUCCGGCGUGGGUGUCAUUUCCCUGACCCUCUCGUAUGCCGCCCCCAUCGCCGUGUCCAUGCUCGAGGGCAGAGCCCAGGUGAAGGGCGGCAAGUUCUUCUUGGGCAAGUUUGGCUGGCUCUGCAACAUCAUUGCUCUGGCCUGGUCCGCCCUCGCCCUUCCGCUCUUUUGCAUGCCUGCCCUGCUUCCUGUCACUCCCGAGACGGUCAACUAUGCUCCUGCUGUCUUGGUCGGCUUCGUGGCCAUCGCGGCUGCGUGGUACGCCGUCUGGGGUCACAAGAACUACCGCGGCCCCCCUACCGAGUCCCUUGGCGUCCAGCCCGUGUCUCGGGAUGGCGGUGUCGUUCCGGGCUUGUCUUCUGGUCCUCAGCAAGCGUCUGAGCCAUCCAUCAAGAAGGACUAA